CCAGAGUGAACCGGAGCUGGUGGGGAGCGAGGGACGCUGUCCUUGGACAGGAGCAGGCUGAGCACCAUGAGCGCCCGGGGGCGCCCCUACCUCGGGGUCUGCCUCUGGCUGUGGCUGAGUAUCACCCUGGGACUCGGCCAGGGACAAGUGAGCGGCCGCCUGAGGCUGGCCGUGCUGCCUGAGGACCGGCUGCAGAUGAAGUGGAGGGCAUCAGAGGGGAGCGGCCUUGGCUACCUGGUGCAGGUGAAGCCCGUGGCAGGGGACCCAGAGCAGGAGGUGAUGCUGACCACCAAGACUCCCAAGGCCACAGUGGGCGGCCUGAGCCCCUCCAAGGGGUACACCGUGCAGAUCUUCGAGCUCACCAGCUCAGGGAAUGUCCUGCUGGCUCGGAAGGAGUUUGUGAUUGAGGAUUUGAAGAGUAACUCCGAGGGCAGGAGCAGCCAGAGGCCACUGGGGAAAGCCCUGGAGCCCACCCGCUCCCACGGGGGGAGCCCAGGCCCUGAGCCCCGAGUUGCCUUGGUCCCAAACCAGGACCCGCCCCCUCUUGCCGGCCCCCAGUUCCGCUGUACACCCCCCACACCCGUGGACAUGAUCUUCCUGGUGGAUGGGUCCUGGAGUAUUGGCCACGGGCACUUCCAGGAGGUCAAAGACUUCGUGGCCAGCGUCAUCGAGCCCUUUGAAAUCGGGCCGGAUAAAGUCCAAGUAGGCCUGACUCAGUACAGUGGAGAGCCCCAGACCGAGUGGGACCUGAACGCCUUUGGCACCAAGGAGGAGGUGCUGGCAGCCGUCCGCGGUCUCUGCUACAAAGGGGGAAACACGUUCACAGGCCUGGCCCUGACCCAUGUGCUGGGGCAGAACCUGAAGCCUGCAGCGGGUCCCCGUCCAGAGGCAGCGAAGGUGGUGAUCCUAGUGACGGACGGCAAGUCCCAGGACGACGCCCGCACUGCUGGCCACGUCCUCAAGGACCUGGGUGUGGACGUCUUUGCUGUGGGCGUGAAGAAUGCUGACGAGGCAGAGCUGCGGCUCCUGGCAUCCCAGCCGCUGGAUGUCACCGUCCACAACGUGCAGGACUUCCCCCAGCUCGGCACGCUGGCUGGCCUGCUCAGCCGCCUCAUCUGCCAGAAGGUCCAGGCCAGGAGCCCGCGUCAGGGCCCAGCUGCCGCUGUGGCCCUGGACCCCCUCUCAGCUCCUACCAGCCUGGUCCUGACCCAGGUGACCUCGUCCAGCGUCCACCUGUCCUGGACUCCAACCUCGAAGACACCCCUCAAGUAUCUGAUCGUGUGGCGGCCUUCCAGGGGCGGUGCCCCCAGGGAGGUGGAGCUGGAGGGGCCCACCGCGUCCCUGGAGCUGCACAACCUGACUUCCAGCACGGAGUACCUGGUGUCUGUGUUCCCCAUCUACGAGACUGGGGUCGGCGAGGGCCUGUGGGGCCUGGUGACCACAGCGCCUCUACCUCCGCCCCAGGCACUGACCCUGGCUGCAGUGACACCCAGAACCAUCCACCUGGCCUGGCAGCCCUCAGCCGCGGCCACCCAGUACCUGGUGCGAUGCUCACCCGCCUCCCCCAAGGGCGAGGAGGAGGGGAGAGAGGUGCGGGUGGGGCGGCCAGAGGUGCUGCUGGACGGCCUGGAGCCGGGCAGGGACUAUGACAUCUGGGUGCAGAGCCUGCGAGGGGCAGAGGCCAGUGAGGCCAGGGGUGUGCACACCAGGACCCCCGCCCUGGCCCCCACCAGACUGGGCUUCUCAGACGUGAGCCACGACUCGGCCCGCGUGUCCUGGGAGGGCACUCCGAGGCCUGUGCGCCUCUUCAGGGUCAGCUACGUCUCCAGCGAGGGCGGACACUCAGGGCAGACAGAGGCUCCCGGGAAUGCCACGUCGGCCACCCUGGGUCCCCUCUCCUCCUCUACCACGUACACUGUCCGAGUCACCUGCCUCUACCCUGGGGGCAGCUCCUCUACGCUGACCGGCCGCCUGACCACACGGAAAGUCCCCAGCCCGAGCCAGCUGUCGGUGACAGAGCUCUCUGGGGACAAGGUUCGGCUGGAGUGGGCAGCGCCAGUGGCAUCCGGUGUGCUCGUCUACCAGAUCAAGUGGAUGCCCCUGGGAGACGGGAAGGCCCAUGAGAUCUCUGUCCCAGGGAACCUGGGCACGGCCAUCCUGCCCGGCCUGGGGAGGCACUCGGAGUACGAAAUCACCAUCCUGGCCUACUACAGGGACGGGGCCCACAGCGACCCCGUGUCCCUCCACUAUACCCCCCGCACAGUCAGCCGGAGCCCGCCCUCCAACCUGGCCCUGGCCUCCGAGUCACCCAACAGCCUGCGGGUCAGCUGGACACCCCCGAGCGACCACGUCCUCCACUACCGGCUCACCUACACGCUGGCCUCGGGCUCGGGACCCGAGAAAUCGAUCUUCGUUCCAGGACCCAGGAGCCACGUGAUACUCCCAGAUCUGCUAGCAGCCACCAAGUACAGGGUUCUGGUCUCUGCAGUCUAUGGAGCAGGGGAGAGUAUGGCAGUGUCAGCCACGGGCAGGACGGCCUGCCCGGCCCUCCACCCGGACGGCUCCCUCCGAGGCUUUGACCUGAUGGUGGCCUUUGGCCUGGUGGAGAAGGAGUACGCCUAUGUCCGCGGCGUGGCCAUGGAGCCCUCGGCGUUUGGCCCGACCAGGACCUUCACACUCUUCAAGGACGCUCAACUGACACGCCGGGCCAGUGACAUCCACCCAGCUGCCCUCCCUCCAGAGCACACGCUCGUCUUCCUCCUGCGCCUGCUCCCGGAGACGCCCCGCGAGGCCUUCGCGCUGUGGCAGAUGACGGCCGAGGACUUCCAGCCCGUCCUGGGGGUCCUGCUGGACGCCGGCAGAAAGUCGCUGACCUACUUUAGCCACGACCUCAGGGCAACCUUGCAAGAGGUCACCUUCGAUCUGCCCGAAGUGAGGAGGAUAUUCUUUGGGAGCUUCCACAAGGUGCACGUGGCCGUGGGCCGCUCCAAGGUCCGGCUUUAUGUGGACUGCCAGAAGGUGGCCGAGAGGCCCAUCGGGGAGGCCGGCAGCCCGCCUGCCGCUGGCUUUGUCACUCUGGGGAGGCUGGCCAAGGCCCGGGGCCUCCGGAGCAGCUCAGCCGCGUUCCAGCUCCAGGUGCUGCAGAUCCUGUGCAGUGACUCCUGGGCAGAGGAGGACAGGUGCUGUGAGCUCCCUGCCUCGAAGGAUGGAGAGACCUGCCCGGCCUUCCCUUCUGCCUACACCUGUUCGUCACAGACCCCUGGGCCCCCGGGGCCGCAAGGACCUCCGGGCCUCCCCGGGAGGAAUGGAGCCCCAGGAGAGCAGGGCUUCCCAGGGCCCAGGGGUCCACCAGGGGUCAAAGGAGAGAAGGGGGACCAUGGACUCCCAGGCUUGCAGGGCCACCCGGGUCACCAGGGCACCCCCGGAAAGGUCGGCCUCCAGGGACCAAAGGGAAUGAGAGGCCUGGAGGGGACUGCUGGCCUCCCUGGACCCCCCGGCCCCAGGGGCUUCCAGGGCACGGCAGGUGCCAGGGGGACCAGCGGGGAGCGAGGACCCCAGGGGGCCGUAGGGCCCACGGGGCUGCCGGGGCCCAAGGGGGAGCGAGGAGAGAAGGGCGAGCCCCAGUCCCUGGCCACCAUCUACCAGCUCGUGAGCCAGGCCUCACACGUGCUGAAGUUCGACUCCUUCCUCCACGAGAGCGCCAGGCCUCCCAUGCCCAUCUUAGAGGUCCCUGGGCCCCCCGGCACACACAGUGAGGCCCAGCUUCCUGGAGAAGUGGGACGUGGUGGCCACAGCCCUGAGGACAGAGUGAGCCUGCGCUGCCCCCGGAUUCUCUGGACACCAGGAGCGGCCGGCCAGAGAGCCUGGGGAGCGAGUCCUGGGCAGGGCCUGGGCGUGGAAGAGAGGGAGGCCGAGAGGAUGGACCUGGAGGCUUCCCUCUGUGCCUUGUCCACCUUCAGAUAA